UUUUUAUUUAAAAUUUAAAAACUUUCUAAUGGAAGUAGAUUCUUCACAAUCCAGUGUUUCAAUUCAAGUCCCAUCAACUGGUGGACGUAAAAUUGAGGAAAAAUUCAACAAAAAAGCUCGAAUAGCAGCACAUAGCCAUGUUAAAGGACUUGGAUUGAAUUCGACGACUGGAGAAGCCUUGAAUAAUGCAAGUGGAUUUGUUGGUCAAUGUGCAGCGAGAGAAGCAGCGGGAAUUAUUGUUGAAUUAGUUAAACAAAAAAAGAUGGCCGGCCGGGCAGUGCUUUUUGCUGGUCCGCCGGGGACUGGAAAGACGGCGAUUGCUAUGGCUAUGGCUCAGGAAUUAGGGGAUAAAGUGCCUUUUGUUCCGAUGGUUGGAUCGGAGGUUUUUUCUAGUGAAGUGAAGAAAACUGAAGUUUUGGUUGAAAAUAUUCGAAAAGCUAUUGGUCUUCGUGUAAAAGAAACAAAAGAAGUAUUUGAAGGCGAAGUUGUAGAAUUAUCACCAAAAGAAAUUGAAAAUUCCCCUUUGACCGGACUUGGGAAAACAAUUUCACAUGUUAUGUGCACUUUGAAGACGACAAAAGGAUCUCGGGAACUUCGUUUAGAUCCUUCUAUUUAUGAUUCUCUGUUAAAGCAGAAAGUUUCUGUUGGUGAUGUUAUUUAUAUUGAGGCUGGUUCUGGAACUGUUAAACGCUUGGGACGAUCAGAUAUUUUUGCCAACGAAUUCGAUUUGGAUGCCGACGAAUUUGUUCCAAUGCCAAAGGGUGAUGUACACAAAAGUAAAGAGCUUGUGCAGUAUGUUAAUUUACAUGAUUUUGAUUCUGCAAAUUCUGCCCCACAUGGAAAGGCUGGGGAUAUGAUGACUAUGUUGUCACAAAUUUUGAAACCGAAGAAGACUGAAAUUACAGGUUUUUCUUAAAAUAAUGUUUCUAACCCGUGACACUAGAAGUCAGAUUAAGUUAAUUCUAAUAGUUUAGUUCCAACAAAAACUUCCAACCAAAUUAAAAAUAUUUUCCAAAUUAAGUAAGUCCAACAAUUAAUAAAUAAACGAGCUAAACAGUAAGCCAAUAAA